AAAGGCUGGAGUGAAUGAAAUUGCAGCCCCAGCUCCCUGUCCUCCAGCCAACCUUGUUCGAGGUGAAUAUUUACGAGUCCUGCACCUAUAUAACCCCGCUCCUCUCCCUCUCAGUCUGACCUCUUGCUUGCUCUCCCAACUCCAUCACCCAAAGUGAUUUCCAGUUGUGAAAUUCUGUGAUCUCAUCUCCCCAUCUCCCAAAUCAUAUCUCUCCAUUGACAGCCCUAUCCUGGACAAGAUGCCUCAGAACAACGGCUACUCGUACAAGAGCUCCGGCACGAACAGUCAGGGCAACCACUACUGCGCUCGCGACUACGGCAACGGCUCCAACGCGUACCACUACUCCAACACGAACGGAUCCUAUUACUACUCCAACCCCAAUGGGAGCACCUACUACAACAAUGGCAAUGGUGGAUCGACCUACACUUCGUCGUCCAGCAACUCUCAGUCUUCGGGCUCUGGCAGCGGUAGUGGCAGCUCAGGCUCCCAGGGCUCCAAGAAAUAGGAGCGAACAGGACCUGGCUGACUUCCCUGUGCUGGUUCACCGGGGCGGUGACGACGAUGUGCUCUGAAGAGUGAGAUGUGUUGCGCCCCGAGGCUUUAGAAAAAGGGGAGGAGUUCCAUCACGAUGAGGCAUUGCGAUCACCUCGACUUGAGAGAGCUUAAUUAGCCAUCCUCACCCCAGUAUUCUUGCCUCUCGCCUCUCUCACCGUGAAACUUCUAGGGAUUCCAGGCUUUGCAUGUGAAUGACAGGACAACUAGUGCGCAGUUUGGCUUCCGGGCAUCCGCUUGCUCGCCGGGCAUACUUCAUGUCCGCUGUAGGAUGUUUACGCAGAGUAUAAGCUACCGACCGAAUAAGU